GCUUCUUCAGGAACAACAGAGCGCCAACUCUUUCUACCACCUCAACAGCUUUCGAGACUACAUAAAACUGAAAGAUUGACGUUUUAGGCCAUGUUAAUGUGCAUUAGCUAAUCGCAGUGUUUAAAACACAUUUCAGUUGACGUUAACAUGAACCUAAUGUGCUUGUUCAAUUUGCAAAUGUUUUAAAGAUUGAUACUUAGCAUUAGCGAAUAGCCUAGUGCUAGGCUAACUAGCAAGCUAACAUCCCUGACAAUGAGCUCAUUAAACUACUCAUCCCCUGCUAAAGAAGAGGAUGUCUGCUGUCCGGAGAAAGAAGCUCUGGCGCUGAACAUUGUCGUGAAAGACGAAGAGGAGGAUAUUACAGUGAAAGGAGAGAAAGAUGCUCUGGCGCUGAACAUUGUCGUGAAAGACGAAGAGGAGGAUAUUACAGUGAAAGGAGAGAAAGAUGCUCUGGCUCUGGACAUUGUCGUGAAAGACGAAGAGGAGGAUAUUACAGUGAAAGGAGAGAAAGAACCUUUCAGAAUGAAAAAGGAGGAAGAAGAGAAAGCAUCCUCUUCCUCUCUAAAAGGUUCUAUCUCAGUAAAGGUGAAGGAGGAAGAGGUUUUGGGAGUGAAAGAGGAGGAGACAGAAUAUCAGAUUAACACCAGAGAGAGACAUGACUAUCGUGGAUCCUCUGGGGAGCCUCAACAACAUCCUGAUGCUGACGAGACAGAGAAGAGUCUCUCCAGAUCAGAACACCAGAUGGACAACGCUAGCCCUUCCUCUCUCCCGGAGUCCCCGUGUCGUGCCUCUCCCGGUAGCACCUUACUGCUGGGUAUAAAGAGGUUGUCUGUGUUGCUGGUGGACUGCAGGAAAACAACGGGGCUGAGUGGAACUGUGAGAGGAGGAGAAGAGAAGAAAGGAUCGGGUUUGACUCAAAGUAAGUGCUGUAGUUCAGUUUGAACAAAUAAA